UCGGGAAAAAUUGAUCUAAAUUCCAUAAGGUUUAUAGAAAUUUAUAUCUGAUAGCAAAUUUAUAAUACUACUUUUGGAGAAAAUUGUAGUCAAUAGAGGCUAAAAAAAUAAUCACAAUGAACGUUUAAACAAAACUUCCAAAAACACACAUAAUCAAACUAAAUUGGAAUAAAAUUCAAAUAGGGUUUUGCCAAACAUUUACCUAUAUAAUUGUCGAUUCUCAUCAAAUUGCUAUAAUGAUACAAGUAAUUAAAACGUUUACUUGCCGUAACGGUUAUGUGAACAACUAUAUAUACACAUAUUCAAAAAUAUGAAAAGCAACAGUUCCUGAAGGAAAGUGAAAUGUGGAUGAUAUGGUUAACGUUGGCCUGCUCUGCCACAAGCACCUUGGCGCAUGUGAGCUUUACCAAUUUGAAGUGUGAAAGUCAUGAUAAGAAAUUCGCCCAAUUUGAGACAUGUCACAUCAAGGCAGUUAAUCGCACUCAUAAAUACAUUGACAUAUAUGCAAAAUUAAAAGUAGUUCCAGUCUCAAAAGUUGAGUUAAAACUCGAACCUAUGCGUUAUGAUAAUGGCUAUAAUCACUUCUUAUUGCCAAUGACCUUUGAUUUGUGCAAGUUUUUGAAAAACCCAACUGCCAAAUCAAUGAUAAUUCUAAAAGAGAUUUAUUCCACCUUUGUGAAUGUAUCAAAUAUGAAUCAUACUUGCCCCUACGAUCACGAUAUUAUUGUCAGUAAAAUGUUUACUGGCAAUUUGGAGAAGGGUUUCACUUCAUUUCUGCCAAUACCACAUGGGGAUUAUGCCAUCUUUUCAAAAUGGUAUACUCGAAAUAUCCUGCGAGCCACAGUUAAUAUAUACCUUCAGAUUACUAAAUAA